UGCCAGGGACACUCGAUGCUGCUGUGCGAGGCCGAGAGCUGGAGCCAACAGGGCGGCUUGUCUUGGCCACCGCCGUGUUGCGCUGAGAGGCGCCGAGCGGACAGCGGCACCGCCACUGCCGGCACCGGCUCCCGGGAACGCAGACACGGACCCAUGGAUCCUCCAGCGCACCAGCCAGAGGAGCCACAGCAAAGCAGGAGAGAGUGCCUGGGUGGUUUUAACGGAGCACAGAGGAAGAAGAGGGUUGUUCCACUCCCCUGGCAGAGCGGCAGCAUGAAGCAGGCGAACCUCCCCGAGGAGAACGGCUUUGGGGAGGCCAUGGCCACUGGGCAGCGCGGUCCCACACCGGGCAGCGGCGGGAAGAAACGACACCGGCUUCAGCACCUGCUUCCAGAUAACUUCUGGGAGGACACAAAGAAGCUGCUGGUGCUGGCGGGACCGCUGAUCCUGAUCCAGCUGCUGAUCUUCCUCAUACACCUCGUCAGCUCCAUAUUCUGCGGCCACCUGGGCAAGGUCGAGCUGGCCUCUGUCACGCUGGCCAUCGCUGUUAUAAAUGUUACUGCCAUCUCUGUAAGUUAUGGUUUGUCUUCGGCAUGUGACACCCUGAUAUCACAGACCUAUGGCAGCAAGAACCUGCUGCGUGUGGGGGUGAUCCUGCAGCGCGCCACCCUCAUCCUGCUGCUCUGCUGCUUCCCCUGCUGUGCCAUCCUCAUCAACAUCGAACAGCUCCUGAUCCUCAUCCGCCAGGACCCCGAGGUCUCCAGGUUAACCCAGCGCUAUGUGAUGGCGUUUGUCCCUGCUCUCCCGGCGGUGUUUCUGUAUAACCUGGAGACAAGAUACCUGCAGAACCAGAUGAUCAUGUGGCCGCUGGUGCUGAGCGGGUUCAUUGGCAACAUCGUCAAUGUGAUUGCAAACUGCAUCUUCCUCUACGUGUUCCACUUGGGCAUCACGGGCUCAGCCUGGGCCAACACCAUGGCUCAAUAUUCACAAGCCAUUUUCUUGUUCCUGUAUAUUAUAGGCAGGAAACUCCAUGUGAAGACCUGGGGAGGCUGGUCCAGCGAGUGCCUGCUGGAGUGGGACAGCUUCACCUCCCUGGCCAUCCCCAGCAUGCUCAUGAUGUGCAUCGAGUGGUGGACCUACGAAAUCGGGAGCUUCUUGAUAGGCCUGCUGAGUGUCAUAGAGCUCUCUGCCCAGUCCAUCAUCUACGAGGUGUCCGUUGUUGCUUUCAUGAUCCCCCUGGGGCUCGGCACGGCCACCAGUGUGCAGGUGGGGAACGCGCUGGGUGCCGGCGACAUUGACACAGCCAAGAGAUCCUCCACCACCAGCCUGGUCUGCACAGUGGUGCUUUGCAUAGCUGUGGGGGCCAUUUUAGCCACCACGAAGGAUGUGCUGGGAUACAUCUUCACCCGGGACAAGGAGAUUGUUGACUUGGUGGCCUGGGUCAUGCCUGUCUACGUUGUCUUCCACUUCUUUGAAGCCGUGUGUGGUGCCUGCAGCGGGGUGCUCAGAGGCAUAGGCAAGCAGAAAUUCGGUGCCAUCCUCAACGCCGUGUGCUACUAUGGUGUGGGGCUGCCCCUGGGAGCCGUGCUGCUCUUCGUGGCCAGGAUCGGAGUCAUAGGCCUGUGGCUCAGCAUGCUUGUCUGUGUCUCCAUCCUCUGUACCUGCUUCAUCGUCUACAUCUCCCGCAUGGACUGGAGGAAGGCAGCAGAAGAGGCUCGGCACCGUGCAGGAGUGAGCCAGCCACCGAUGGAGGAGCCGAACCCAGGCCCUGAACCCUCCUGCAAAGAAAUUCCCUUUGGUGUGGGGCUGGCCUCAGUGUCCCACACUUACCCCCCUGCCGCGGCGGUGCAGGGGUGUGUAGCGGGAGUGGAUGCACAGAACGGUGUCACACUCAUGGGCAUCACCAGGGUGGAGGGACCCACGUACCAGCUGGAGCCCCAGCAAUCCAACCCUGCCACAUCCCCUCCGGCCACCGCCACCAUCACCAAGGCGCUGAUCAUCCGGCGCGGGCUAGCAGUGGCCGCAGCCAUGGCAGUGCUUGCACUCGGCAUUGUCAUAAAGCUGACAACCAGCAAACACUGACUCGCAUCAGGGACUCUGGGGACUUUGGAGAGGUGAAAGCCUCUCCUGAGGGAUGGACUUACAAAGCUCAGACUGGCCAGCAAGAGAAUCCAGCAUACGCCUGACCCAUGGGAGCCAAAGGAGUCCUGUCAGCAUUUGGCAGCAUCUGCUCAGCCAUCGCUCAAGGAACAGGCCCUGCAGCUGCUCCAGCACCCAAAGCACUGCUCCCAGCUGCCCAAUGCAUACUGAGUGUGCGGGUAACCCGCUCCAGCUCCAGCCAUCACCUGCCAAGCAGAGCCAAGCACAGCCCAGCUCUCACUGCUGCUCCAUGACAUGCCAAAUAAAGAACAAACCCAGCUGCA